AUGUCUUACUUUUUAUAAUUGAUUGAUUAAUUCGGAGUUUAGCAAAAAUUAUAAAUUCCAACAAUUAAGCCUACAUAACAAAGCGCCUUAGGAGGAUUAGUAACUAUAAUUUUAUAUGGAGCCAGUUUAGGAUAUUUUCUCUUUUAAUUUUUAGAUUGGUAAUCAAAUAAUAAGCUUCCAAAAAUAACCUCUCUUUAAGAAAUGAUAUAAGAUGCAUAAAGAUUAAAACUUGAUGGAGUAUUUACAGAAAUAAGUUAUUUGAAAACUCUCAACAAUUCAAUUGACCCUUUUGAUCCUGAGAGUCUGAUAUUUUCUCCUAAUUUAUAAGUCGUUCCUUAAAAUAGAUCAAAUGUAUAUCAAAUUUUAAACAUAGAUUUAAAGCGUCCCUCUAAAACUUGAAUAAGAAAAAUUAUAAAAUGGAAAAAUAAUAACUAAAUAUAUAAUCCAAAAUAUUGAGCUGAUCAACUCUCCCGCUAAUUAACCAGUUCGUGAAUUAAUUAAUUAUUAGUUAUCUUUGGGAUAUUGUAAUCCAAAGUAACUUUAAGAAGGAUAAAAAUGUGCUAAUCAAGAUACAAUCGAUAAAUUUUAUCAUCAAAUAAAUUUCUUUUAAGUGACAAUUUUUAUAUAGCAAUUUGAUCCAAAAACAAAAUCACUUGUUUGGAUACCAAAAUUCUUUAUUUUUGAUAUGAUAAAAGAUUAACUUUAUAUGAAUCAAUUUAUUCUAAAAGUAGGGGAUUUGAGUAUGGAUGACGGAUUUUUAUUUCCAAAUUCAAACAAAUUUACAUUUCUUUCUGAUUUAGAAGUUAUUAGUGCCCAAUAUGAUCAAUAGUACUCAAAAAGAUUGUAUGGAGAAGAAUUAAUUUCAAUACUUUUUUUUCAUUUGGAUUAAAUAAAGACAGUAAAUAUGGUUGAAUAUCCAAAGAUAUCAGAGAUAUUAGCAGAUACAGGUUCAAUUAUAUCUUGGAUUCUUUCAAUAUCAUGUAUAGUAUCUAAAUACAAUGAAAAUUUAAGUGUUGAAAAAACUUAGAAAGAUAUAAUAACAAUGUACUAUCAUGAUUUUAAUGAUUUUAUUAUUUAGAAGAAUUGGAUGGGUCAUAUUAUAAAGGUUAAUUAUAAAGGAAAAGAAUAUGAUCUCAAAAAAUCAGAAGAAAUUAUCAAUAAAUUAGAUACUAUUGCUAUUAAAAAAAUGAAUUACUUAAAUCUAUAAAAUGAAGUAGCCAAGUAAUUAUUUUAUUGUAUUCUAUUAGAUUAUAAUUAAUCUUAUAAGAACAUUUAGGAGUUCAAUAAAUUAAAAAAUAUUUAUAAUCCUAAUAUAAAUUAGAAUCAUUAUUUGAUAAAUUAGGAAUACCUGAUAAAUCCUUUGAGUAAGAAAUAAAUUAAAUAGUAAUAUCUUUUUUCAUUCUUUAAGCAUGCUGAACAUGAGUUGUAAUAGGAUAGAAUUUAAUAAUUUAAUAUCGAAGGAGAGAUUGAUUUAAAAAUUAAUAAAGAUACUAUAGAACAUGAAAUAGAUUUUAGGAUGGGACUUUUAGAUAUGAAAAUAAUUGAAAAUGGCGAACUAAAAGAGCAAAACAGUUUCUAAAUUUAGGAAUCCUUUUAAAAUAUAAAUAAUUAUUUAACUGCCAUCAAUGUUGAUAAGCCUGAUGAUGCUAAAUGA